GUCCUUAAACUUUUUCACUGCAAAGUAAAAAAAAAAAAAAAAAAACAAUGGGGGGAAAAAAACCUUUUGGAGAACUACAGUGAAUGAGAGAUCCACUCCCAUGGAUGGACAGGCUACAGAUGUGCCCAGGUUGUCACUUUUAAUACUGUGGGAAAGGUGUUCAUUCAGAGACAAUUAAAGAUUAUUGUAGUUUUAUAUGUUUUGCAGCAUUUGUUGGGCCAUGCAGCCUGGACUGUAUGAUAAUCUCUAGAAUCCAUAUUCCUUUCAGUUUUGCAAUUUAACAAAAGUGAAGCCAUUUGUUGACUGUAUAGUCAUAUGUGUUAGGUUCUUGUGAUUUUAAGUGUAAUUGGAUCUACUUGGGAAAGUGAGUCAAGUUGGUCCCUUGGGUGGGUGUGUCAGUGGGACUCAACAAUACGUGAAGAUGGGAUUCUCCUUACCUGUCAGCCCUACCCUCCAACCUGUUUUUUUCACCACCUUUCAAAGGACACAAACUCCACCCCUUUAACCACUUAUUCUCUUACACAUGCAGUUGUACACUUUAAUACUCAUAAUCACAACUGAAUGCUUUAUUGACAUGGCAUGAAAAUACCUCGGCCUCCCACAAAAAUUAGGUAUACAUGAUGCUUGUAUGAGACAUCAGUGUUUUCUUUUGCUUACAUUGCUGCUCAACAAUGCUGUGUAUCCGGGGAUAACCUCUGCUAUUGCGGCACUGGUCGUGUUUACACAUAAAUAAUGCACAGCUCGUCAAGAGUAUGAACUGAGCAGGUCAGCAGAGUUUGGAGAGACAAGGAUAAUAUUUACAAAACAAAAUUCUGUUAAUGCAAAUUCCAUAGUAGUUGUUAAUAAUAAGUAGUUGUUAAUAAUACUAGUUAUUAUUAUUUAUUAUUAUUAAUAAUAAAUGUAGUCUACCAGUAUUUCUUUUUACGACAACAUUUAAAAAAACAAACAAAACAAAAAAAAACCACACAAAUAGGCAUGCUGUGGGGCCUUACUGUGUUGUGCAGUGGAAGCGGUGCUUCUGAUGCAGUGUGGCACAGCAGACUGCUGCUGUCUACGUCAUAGGACGAGAUGAAACUGCGGCGCAGCGCGUGCCGGGCUGCAGCACCGCGGGACUAGGGACGGAUGCGACAUGGGUACCACUUCUACCGUCCUUGCCAGAUGUAUUGGCUAUGGAUAGGGCGAACAGUGUCCCUGAAAACAUGCAGAUAUGCAGCAUGCGUGUAAAUGACCGCUUGGAAUGUUGGGUCUGACUCGUGCGUCUAUCUGAUGUCCACCUGCGUGAAGAGGGUGAACAGUGUGAGCAGGUGAGUGGCAGCAUGAGUAGUGGGUGUGUCAUACUGCGUGGCUGUAGGCUACUACAUAUAGGCCACAACAAACUGGCGAAACAGCUUUUGGUUUACACAAAGCAGGGGAGCAACAGUGAAGCCUGUACGGGCUGCUGUCUGCACUCAUCCCGUUACAAUCAUCAAUAGGCUAUUUUACAACCAGGGACUUUGCGGCGACUGAGCAAUGAAUUUCAAGAACCUGAGGGAAUACCUGGCCUGGCUGUACUACCAGUACCUCCUCAUCACUGGUAUUUACGUCUUGGAGCCAUGGGAAAAAUCCAUAUUUAACUCUGUCCUCUUCUCUGCUAUCGCCAUGGUGAUCUACACUUCCUAUGUCUUUGUGCCCAUCCAUGUACGACUGGCACUGGAGUUUUUCUCAGGUAUAUUUGGGGGUCAACCGGAAAGCACUAUGGCACUGAUGAACUAAAACCAAAACAAGAACACAUGGGUAAAGCUUAAACUGUUCAGACAACCUUGUAUCAUGACAAAGCCCUUGAACACAACUCAUUGUUUUCAUUGCGAUAAAACCAUGAAGUCAUGAAGAAUUGAAAUGCCUCAACCUCUGGACAAACCUCUGUUCAUCUUGCUCUAUCCCAGUGUCUCAUUGUUUAACUAUGUUGUGUCCUGUAUGAAUGCACCCCAUGUUUUGUGCAUGAUAAGGACAUUUGCAUUUCAUCUUGCUCAUCCACUCUGAAGCAGUUGUCCCAGUUGUGUCAUCUAUGUAUAUCUGUGCAGACAAAUGAAUGACCAUGAUCACUGAUAACUGAUAACAAAGUUUCCACAUCCUCAUCCCAUAUCACCACACACUUACAUUACUAAGUAAAUGUUUUUGUAUCAAAAAUACUUACAGCAUUGCUGUGAAGCAGGCAGGGCACACUUGCCUAUGCAUGAUUGUUUUGUGGUUUAUUCAAAGUAGUGUCAUGCAUACAGGCCUACAGAUUGUUGUUAUGCAAAGACCAAAAACUUAUGUGGAUCAAGGAUUUCUGAGACUCUUGUAUUUGUCCCAAGUUUAAACUGUUUUCCUGUUCAAAGCGAGUAAUAGCCCAUAGAAAUCACAUUGAUUUGUGCAGUGCCGAGCCCUCUUUAUCUGUAAUCAGUAAAGUCUUGGUAUGUUGGGAAGGUGUGACAGCACUGAGCAAUAGCAAAUAUUGAUACACCACACCUUUGUAUUGAAGGCCUGACAUCAGAUCUAGUGUAAGGUAACUGUUUUUUUUUUCAUGUUUAUUGUGGAUGACAGCAGGAAUCCCUUCCUAUAGUUGAUCUAUAGGUGCAAAUGGAGUAUGUAUUAUAUUUUGUGUUUGCCGAAUGUGGUGAGCAUUUUUUAAUUGUUUUGUUUUUUACUCUGUUACGCCAUAAUGUUAGGUAAGUUAACUUUAUUUAUGGAUUCAAAUAUUUAUAAACUGGUAAAUGCUUGGCUGGUUACAAUGUCAAUUACCUAAAACAAUUAUUGUAAACGUAUGUGUAUGUGUUGUGUUUUCCUGGUCUCCAAAAUAACAGUCUUUACAAAAUACAGUUCCUUACGUGCUUCCUAAAAGUAUAAUUUACUCAUCCUGUGUCACAUGCACAUAAAAUUUUACAUUUUUGUAAUAAAAACUAUCUCUCUUUAAAGUCAUUCUUUGUCACUGCUUAGUAGAGCUUUUCAUUUUCAGAAACAAAUAAAAACACUGGAAACAAA